AUGCUGGCACAUAAGUCGGUAAGAAUUCGCCAACUGUCAGGUGGUCUCUAUGUUGAGGAACCGCAUCCUCAACGGAUCGGCCUUCAGCCUCGUUUUCGAGUCGAAACAAUCACUCAGCAUGAUAAAGCUUUUGCCGAGUCCGUUCUGAAAAAGGAGGCUUCUGCUGCGAGGGGGUCUCAGCCGCUACUUCGAAGAGUCAAAUCGAAGUUGAGCCGGCCAGACAAGGCUGUGACUUUCACUGUACUAUCUAAUCAUGUUCAGGCCAACGGCUCCGCCGAAGUCGCGCAAAUCUACGUUGAUAGACUGUUCCUCGAUGCCGCACAGUCGAAUCUGCAGUUAGAAUUUACAGACGGUCUCCUAGCCACCGCUGUCAAGAAUGGAAACACCGACCUUGUCCGCCUCCUGGCUCCUUUCACAGCGGUCGACGCGGUCAGCGCCGUUCUCGAAUCUGCAGUGCUCAGUCGGGAUUUGAACAUCGUCACGGCCCUGCUUGAAUAUGGCGCGGAUCCGAAUUUUUUAAGUCACGCCUGUAUCCUCCGACUGGCUGAAACCGACUGCCAACUACUUCAACUCGUUCUUCGCGCUCCAAGGCAGCUACGGUACGAAACUUUUGGGAAUCUGUGCGCCACUGCUAUUCGGAAUGGACUGUCAAAUACUCUCAACGUCAUCCUCCGCAGUAUGGCUGACUAUCCGAUAUUUCGCGACUCAGCUCUGCCGUGGAGCCGAGAUAGUCUCCUCGAAGCAGCGAUCUGUUCCCCUGAUAAGAGUACGUUUUUCUGCAUCGCAACGUCGACAUCCACAUGGCCCUUGAGAGACAAUCGUUUGUUUCUGCAUAUCUUGGACACUGCGGCUAUAGAUCGCUGUCAAGCUAAAGACAUGAUAGAGGUUUUACUCUGCCUGAGUGAUAUGUCGCCAGCGUUCCAUUCAAGCCCAGAGGUUGAAUCGUCUUACUGCCACUGUGUACAAGAACAGCAUGAAGAUAUUCUACGGUUAAUGGUAUCUUAUGGCGUUUGUGUCUCGGCAGAGCCGCUUAUGCUCGCAUGCCAAAACCAUGACGAAAAGAUACUGGAUAUCCUCCUCGCCGGCCCCAUUCGAGGAGAAGAGCAGGUGGUUGCUCGUACCUCGCACCUGCAAGGGCAAAUUCAAAGAGACAUGGGUCGGAAGAUCCUUCGGCGUCUCCUUGCCGGAGGAGCCAAGGGUACGUGGAAACACGAGGAACUCAUCACGGCAGUCUCGCUUGGGCAAGUCCAAUGGGUCGAAGCUCUCGUCAACGCGAAUGCUUCAGUAGACUACCACAAUGGCGCAGCACUUCUCAAAGCCGUUUCGUUGGGACAUGUUCGAAUCGUUCAGAAGCUCCUAUCUCGCCCUGUAUCUCUUGAGACCUUGCGAGCUGCCUUUCCAAGUAUCAGUCAACUCGAAACUUUACCACGACGACUCCUUACAAAGCUCUUUAUCAACCAGGGACUGUCAGGGCAAUGUCUAGACGACGCUCUCAAUAGGGAACUUUGCAACUAUUCAUACCACAGAGAUCCCGAAUUAGUCGACAUCUUGAUCACGUCCAGCGCUCGCUGCAAUGAUCUUUCACUCACAGUCGCUUUUGAACACAAAGACGCGGUGAUCUUCAAAAAAAUAGGCCUUUCCAGGAUAGUGCUCCAUGAAUCUGUUGCGGAAUGGUUCAAAAGCUGGCAUCGCAUGCUCCUUCACGCGCAACGGAAAGAUGAAUAUUCAGCAGUGGCCUCUGCAUGCCUCAAGAUGCUAUUUGGCAAACUGGACACCAUCGCAGCACUUUGUGAUGCUCACGAAGGUCAUCGGCGACUUGAAUGCUUCCAUCAGUAUCUUGAACAUGGUGCUGAGGACAUUGAUCUUCUCUCAGCAUGGCUUAGAUGGGCACCACAGAUGGACAGCAACACAUUUACCGAGCUUGUACUGACAGCAGCCUGUUUCUGCGAUCUCAGCAGACUCCAGUUGGUUGUAGGGUCCAAACCACUGAGCAGUCCGUUCCCAUCACCUUCCGCGACCUCUAUCGAAAAUCCUAUGCUAAAUUCUGAAUCAGGGAGGGCACCGAAUAUGUUCUCAUCUGUACAAAUACCCCCGCUUCGUCACAAUCCCGUGAAUUUCUCGGACGCACACAGUGUUGAAAGUUUGAAGCUUAUCUUUCGCCAAUAUUUCUAUGGUGCCUAUGAGAGUCACCUUGUGACAAGACUCCUCCAGAGACACCUGGAACAGUGUACCGAAAUCAUUCCUGAGGGCGAAAUCUGGCCGCUGCUUACGAUACAAUAUCUGCUGUCCCAGCCGAUCGAAGUCACAUUGUCAGAAUACAGUUCCUGUCUUUACAUGGCCAUCGCGUCUCAGCAGUGGCUCGUUCUUGGCCUGCUACUAGACCGGCAAUUGCCAAGGGAGAUGGUUGCCCGCUUCUUUCUGGUUGAUACGUCUCUGCUUGCGCCUCGUGCGAUCCAAGUUCUUCUCGAAUCACAAGCAAUGACAUGCAUGGACGACAGAUUCUUCUCUGAGGUUGUGCAGCGGACUUUCAAUCAUGCAUGCCUUGCCCAAGACCAGGAGAUAGCAAUCCUUCUGUGCUCUAAAUCUCGCUGCAAACUACGCAUCGCGGAUGUUUUGCUACCUCUGCAACAAGCAAUUGAUGCCUCCGACCUCGACUACAUUUCUGCUUUGCUCGGUGCAACAUCCUGUUCCAAGGUUGACCUUGAGGUACUUUGGAAACAUGUCAGUCAUCAAUAUCACAACGAUGACAUUCUCACGCUUGUGGAGAUAUUGCUUAAAGCCGGUGCAGACGGUGUCUCAGUCGGCGCUACAUUGAUAGAUGCCAUCGAAACAGAUAACGAGCCCCUCAUCGCGCUCAUUCUGGGUCGAUGGCAAAGUCCACGGUCCCUGCAGUAUCGCGAAGAGUUUGACUAUAAAGGACGCCGGCCAAUUUCCAGAACAUCAGGCCCUGGGCCCGAUGCAGACUAUUUUUCAGGGCUCGCUCGCGCUCUCUCCGUUGCUGUUCGUCGAGACCGAGCAACUAUCUGUCGGCGCCUUUGCACAGCCGAAGCUCCACUUGUAUGUCAAGGACAAUCACUCAUUGAGCUUGCAGUGGUCCUGGGAAGUCACAGUGCUCUCGUGGAGAUGAUUCAGUACUCGAAAACACGCCCUGCAAUGAGUCAGGCUGUCAACUUCGCUUUACUUCAAGCUGUGGUACACAAUCGCCUAACCUGGGUGCAAGGUCUAAUGCACCUCGGCGGUUCAAUCGAAGCAUACGACUUUGAGCCCUUGAAAAUUGCGGCGGGACUUGACCAUCCUGAUAUGUUGGCAGCGCUCCUGCCCUACGCCCAAUCCCCCCAGGGGCUUAACGCAGCAUGCCAAUCCCUUCAAGAGCGUCUUACUGCGUACGAGGUUGAUCUGGACAAUAUUUGCGCGAUGUUUGAGCAGCUCCGCAGAGCAGGCUUCCAGGUGGAAGAGAGGUAUAACGAGGCUCUCUUUGCACUAUUAAGACUCCGGUCUGCCGGCUCGGAUCAUGUCGGAAUUUUGAUCAAUUGCGGAGCGUCUAUCGACUACAGAGGCGGCGAUUGCAUGAUACAACUCUGGAGACAAGGCAAUGUGCAACUCUUUCCCGACCUCCUUCGCCACUGCAGUCAGCAGUCCGUCAGAACAAGACUGUUGAGUGAGGCAUGUAGCGACUAUUUACAACAAGAACAGGAUCGUACCAGUCUUCGGGCCGCCGAUAUGCAGCUCGUCCUGGGUGCUCUCCUUGAGACAGACAUACCUCAGGAUGCGCGUGAUAUGGUGCUGGAUGCAAUUGCUAGGGCUUGCCAUCAUAAGCCCGAGUCUGCCUCGAUCAUCCAACUGCUACUGGAGAAAGGGGCUCGUUUCAUCGAUGGGGCUGGAGUGUCCCUCUAUCAAGUUUGUCGCCUUGAAGAUCCCAACAUCACCUCCCUAGUUAUCAACAGCCCGCCUCAUGUGCGAACUCGCUUGCUAGCUCUCCAUCGCCUCUUCCGCAACCAGGGUACAGGAUAUUCGAAUGCCGCAGUGAGAGAGGUCGGGCAAGAGCCCAAUCCAUCAGACCAGGCAUCCUUGUACAACAUCAAUUUCCCCACGUCGGCAGCUGAGAAUCUCGACCUUGAGGCCUCGGACAUCGUUACCUUGAUUGAGGCAAUGCUAAAUCCAAAAGUUCAGUCUACAGGGACCAGUUUGAUGUUUACGUUCUUCUUCAUGCUAGGAGGUCUCCGCGUGUUAUCGUCCCAACGUUGUUCCGACGACGAUCGCAAUGACGUGGAGCAAAUGUUUGCUGCUGCCAUAAUGAACUCAGAAGCUAAAGAAUUAGACGAUCGAAUCGAGUUCUUACUCAGGGUCUUGCAGAUUGACGCACCAGAUUCUGUGAGCUUGACCGCAGACGACAUGGGCUUUGCCUUGGAGGUUGUUUCGCUGAAUAGGCUACUUUUAUUGUCGCUCCAGCACAAGAAGUUCGGUUUGGUGACUACACUCCUGGAUGCCGGUGCCGACCCAAAUGCAAGAGAUGACGACAGACGAUCUGCAUUGUACCUAGCCACACUAGAGAAAUCUCUCGAUACAAUGGAAUCUUUGAUCGGGAACGGCGCAGAAGAAGACGACGGAAGUCUGCACAUCGCGACUUGCUGGCAACACCACGAAGCCAUGCAGCUGCUUCUCGAGGCAGGGCACGAACCAGGCUAUUGUUCUGAGCUUUUCUUUGGCGCUACUCCGCUCGAGGCUUUCUUACGAUUUAACCACUCCGGGGCAGCACCUGAUCAUUUCGAGAUGACACUCGCGGUGCUGCUGUGCGACGCCAAUGUACCAGCAGAUUUCUGGAGCAGUGAACCCAAUCUUUUGUCUCUGGCUCUAUUGGGUUCGUCGCCGUAUCAAUUGCUCAGCGCGCUGCUAUAUUACCUGCCUUCAGAAGUGGUUGAAUUGCCUCUCAUUCGUCGAGACCGGUUCAUGUUCUCUGUCCUCAGCCUUGCCGAAAGAGGAGAGGAUAUUUUGUUGUCUGACGCUGAGCGAGUGGAACUGUCGACUCGUCUAGAAGCAUUAAAAUUCACGCGGACCUUUUACGCUGAGGAGGGAGAUCAACCAGAAGACGCCGUCAAUGUGCCAGAACACCUUGAGGUCCCCGAAGUGAGGGCACGCCGUCGUGCUUGGAGAGAAAAGGACUGUGCUGUUUGCACCGAGAAGCCUUCCGAUCGAAACGCGAUUCAUGCAGCGCUGGCCCCGUCUUGUGAAGACAACCACGGGUGGGAGCACAACAUCAUCUGUACCGACUGCCUGAGAGGACAUCUCGAAUCGCAGAUGUUCCCGCAGGGAGACGACAGGUUCCCCUCCGCCAAAGUAAAGUGCUGGGCUCCCAACUGUUUAGAAAUCCUCGGCCACGCGGUGGUCCAGGCCCUCGCUGAUGCAAAACGAUUCGCUAUCUACGAUGCAGCCCUUGCUCAGCUGUUCUUUAAUGAUAAUAUGGCUAAAUGCGCCAAGGCUGGUUGUACAGGGGCGACAUGGCUCGGGGAGGAAGACAAGAACACGACCAUUUUCCCAUGCGAAUGUAAUCAGUUGUACGACAUGCAUAGGGACGAGCCUUGUCCCCAGGGAGAAGAGGCUAAAGGUAUUGAAAGACGAAGGGAAGAGGAAGCGGCCACGGCAGCCCUCCUGGCCAAAGGGAAAAAGUGCCCACAAUGUCAACUGCCGUUUGAGAGGAUUGAAGGAUGUGAUCAUAUUGUGGCUGUGGAUUCGAAUUCUGCUACAUCUGUGGCGCAGACUAUAAUGCCAUUCGCAGGCAAGGGAAUACGGCGCAUGCGAGGAGUUGUAAUCACUAUGCAUGAUGGCAUGAUGAAAGAAGAAGAGAUGCCAUCUUUCUGUUUUCGAGAAGUGUGA